GUUGAAGGUGAAAAGAGCCAACAGAGUGGACCAGAGGCUCCCAGCGCUGGUAAAAAAGAUGAUUUAAGUAAUUAUCCAGAGGAUUCUGAGCCACUGUUAAAGCAGUUGCCAGCCGUAGCUCCGAGCUCUGGAACAGAACAAGCGACUUUGAACUUGGUGGGCUCGUUGGAAGGUUCUCCAAAGCCUGACCUGGUGGGGAAAGGGGACGGUGAGGGACAACGGAAGAAAGAUGCGGAGGUGGGUGCGCAGGUCCGUGCUUUGGACUCAAGUGACGGCGUGCGGAACUCUCCGUCAGAGGACAGCGUGGAAGGUGGUAGGCUGAGUCAAAUGCCCAUCACAGAGCCCAGUGGGGGCUGUGCCAGUGAUAACAGGGCAGAGAGCAGCGCUGGCGUGCACAGCGAGCAAACAGCCUCCGAGCUGGCAGCAUCAGGAACUGAAACCGCCCAUGGAGGAAGUGUCGGUGCUGCUGUUGCUCCGAGCUGUUCUCAUAAACAGGGAGCUGAUGUACGGUGUCGCUGUUCUGAACCAAGCCCCAGUUGCGCCGGUGCCUCUGAAGCACUUCCUUGCCCCCUCAGCCCUGGAGGCUCAUCCCUCGCUGAAGCAGAAGCCGUUGGCUGGCCCGUGGAGACAGCGGCAUGCCAGGGGAAGUUGGACCGAUUUAGCAAAAGUGCCCAGGAGUUCAUUGCGGUGGCUUCUGCCUUGAUUGUGGAAGAUGCUAUUCAGCAAGCUUGGCAGGCGCUCGCUCGGGAGGAUAAGAUCGGAGCGGCCCCUGUCGGCCAGGAGGCAUCUCCGCACUCCGAAGGCCUCGUCCUGCCUUCCUGUGCCAAGGGCACCCAGUGUGUGCAGGAUAAUGAGACGGGCACACCCUCUGCUGUUCAUAAUAAAGAAUCUAAACAAAACCAGGAAGUAGCAGCAGCGGCGGCAGCAACAGCCGAGGCCACAGAGCAGGCUGGAGCGACUCAGGGGGAAAACCCUGCAGGCAGUGAGCGACCGACGGAGAGGACCUCUUUGGUGGAUCACCAGGAGAACCCCAGUGAGAACGGCACAUUCUCCCAGCUGCCUGAAAGCAGGCGCGAGCAGGUGGGCAGAGGGGCGGCUUUGUUAGAGGGCCUGCCAGCGGCAGCUGUUGUGCAAUUGCCAGCUCAGGAUCCGGGCAAGGAGUGCCGAAGGGAUGAAGGGAAUGCCGCGGCUGGGUUAGAAGGAGAAGCUUUUAUCCUUGCAGCUGAUGAGAACCGGAAGGUGGGUGAAACCGGGGAUGGUCCUCCAGGGGCCGGGCGGGUGGAGGUUGCCCCUCAGGGUGCCAAGGAAGCCCUUUUUCCUGAUGCCGUGGUGAUCCCUGGACUUGAGCCCAACUCCUCCACUCACAUCAUCUCUCCUCCGGGCACCGUUUCUGAUUUCAUGGAAGCCCCUUUGAUCAGUCACGAGCUACCCAUGGGAGCCACCCUCUUGCGGGAAGGGGAGGAGGUGGAAAAUGUGCCUUCCCGGACACCCCUCCAGCCGAUUGCCGAAGAACCCCCGUGCGACUGUGAUUCCGGCUCGGAAACGUUCCUCUUAGCCUGCGAGGAUAAAGCUGGGUCUGAGGUCGAAGCGGUCCUGCUGGCUGAGCCCAGUGAGAACAAUGGAGCGGGGAGCCAAGCCGAGCCAGAACGGCAGGAUUUGGCAGCCGGCCUCUCUUCUGCUGCCGAGCUGACGGACGAAACGGAGGGGGAAGGUUCCGUUUCAGAAGUGGAUGGCAUCUUGGUGGGUCCCGCUGAUGAGGGAGUGAAAAACCCUGACCGAGCGAUGUUGGUAGCAGAAGCGAGCGACCCCUUGGCGUCUCUGCCUGAAAGUCGUGUGGAAAUCACCCCCUUAACGGAGUCCGUGCCCAAGGCUCACCAGUUAGCAGAUGCCAGACCAGUCGCUGUCGGAGAAGCGGAUUUAGAUUUUCAACCUGAUGGAUUGUUGGAGAAGGUGGCAGACCGAGGACCGGCGGGCUCUUCACCUGUCGCAGACACUCUAGAGAUGAAGACAGAGGAGGAGGUGGAUGCUUCGAAGGACCCGGCUGAUGCUGCCGCCACCUCAGAGGGAACGAUUAAUCAGGAAAGCUGGUGUCCCGUCGAACCUUCUUCGGAUCCCUCCCUGUUGGCGCCCAAACCUCCUUGUGCUAAUGCAGAUGGUUACAAUUUCCUAGAAGAUGGUUUGCCCAGUGACACCCCCUCCUCCCAAGUUAUCCUUCAAAGAGGGUCGGAGAGCGAGUCUGACUUUUUCCCUCUGUCUGGAGAUGGGAUGGACGAAAUGGACUUUGGGAAGCAGGCUGAAGAGGAGCAAUCGGCUGGAGAUAGUACGAGUUCCAGUUCCUCAGCGGAGGACACCAUAUCCUUGGAAAGGAACUCAUCUCUGGGAAGCGACACGUCCCUCCCUCAGCAGGCGCUUGGCCUCAGCAGGCCCAAAGACCGGCCCAGCUUGGACGGUGGCGCUUUCAACAUGGCUGCAGGGGUGGGGGGUCUGGAUGGUGAGGAGCCUGCCUUGGGAGAGCUGGAUGAAGAGCUGGACCGCAUCACAGAAGUGCCCCCACCUCCUUCGGCCCUGAGGAACUCCGUCAGACCCUUGUCUCCUUUCCGCCGCCACAGCUGGGGCCCCGGGAAGAACGCCAACAGCGAGUCGGAGAUCAACCACCGGAGUUCAAUGCGAUUGCUGGGGGAUGGUGUAAAGAAGCCUCCCACCCAUAGGAGAAGCUUGAGCUGGUGUCCUUCUGGUGUCCAGUGCACUGCCAUGGGCGCUGACUUCAACGGUAGAAGUUACAGCUUAGAGGGUCUUGCUGGAGAGGCCGACAACCUGAAGAAGCCGUCCUCAGGGCUGGAGGCGGCCUCUCUGAACGCCCCAGACCUCCAGCAGAGCCCUCUGACAAACGAUGAGCGAGGGUCCUUGGUCUCCCUCACAGAAGAAGAACUGGAAUCCGAGCAAGUGGAAGCAAGAGGCUUUGACCGCCAGAGACACCAAAGAUCGCAGCCGCGUGCCUUCAACUUCUGUCCAAAUCCUGUCUCUUCUCCGUUGACCAAAUCCAUGUCCCUGAUGGCCAUCACUCAGACUGGACCAGACAGUAACCGAUCCUUCAGCAGUACCAGCAGUUCGCUGACGCAGAGCAUCAGCGAGGAGAGCGGCAGCUUCUUGCCCCCCAGCCCCUCCAGAAAAGACUUGGAAGGCAAAAGUGGAACAAAAGUUAGCCGCACGUUCAGCUACCUCAAGAACAAAAUGUCAAGCAGUAAGAAGAGCAAAGAAAAGGAGAAAGACAAGGAGAAAAUAAAAGAGAAGGAGAAAGAUUCCAAAGAUAAAGACAAGGACAAGAAGUCGAUAAACGGGCACCUCUUCGCCGCCACCCCAACCGUGGGGCCGGUCACUUGCUACCACUGCCUGAAACCUUUUAACAAGGACUCUUUUGCCUGCUCAGGCUGUGGCGUCCUGGUCCAUAAAAGCUGUAGAGAGAGCCUGCCUGCUUGCGCCAAGGUCAAAAUGAAGCUCCAGAAAGGAGGUCUCCAACCACACGACACCUCGUCCUUGCCCACAGUAAUUAUGAGAAGUAAGACCUCUCAAGCCAAGGAAAGGCCUCGCUCUGCAAUCCUCGCCCCCGACGAGAGCACCCCGAUGACCUCCUUGUUCAAUAGCAGACGGUCCCAGCAUAACCCGUCCCUUUCCAAAAGCGUCUCAAUCCAAAACAUUGCAGGAGUCGGAAGCGAUGAGAGCAUACUCCACACUCUGAAAUUCCUGUCUCAGUCAACCGACUCCUUGAAUAAAAUCAGCCGGGUGAACGAAUCCAUGGAGUCAUUAACAGAUGAAGGUGCAGACAUGAACGAAGGCCAGCUCAUGGGAGAUUUCGAAUCAGACUCGAAGCAACUGGAAGCGCAGUCCUGGAGCCAAGUGGUAGAUGCGAAGUUCCUCCGACAGCAAAAGAAAGACACGGUGAAGCGUCAAGAUGUUAUUUAUGAACUGAUGCAAACGGAGAUGCACCACGUUCGCACCUUGAAGAUCAUGAGCGAUGUCUACAGCCGAGGGAUGGUGCAGGAGCUGCAGUACGAGCAGCCGAUGGUGGAAAAAGUCUUUCCUUGCCUGGAUGACCUGUUGAACAUCCACAGCCAGUUCUUCCAGCGGAUUCUGGAGAGGAAAAGGGAGUCGCUGGCAGAGAGGAGUGAAAAGAACUUUGUGAUCAAGAGGAUAGGGGAUAUCCUGGUCAGCCAGUUUUCUGGAGAGAAUGCCGAGAGGAUGAAGAAAACUUAUGGCAAAUUCUGCGGGCACCACAAUGAGGCCGUCAAUUAUUUUAAAGACUUGCACUCGAAGGAGAAGCGGUUCCAAGCGUUCAUCAAGAAAAAGAUGAGCAGUUCCGUGGUGAGACGCUUGGGCAUUCCGGAGUGCAUCUUGCUUGUGACCCAGAGGAUCACCAAAUAUCCAGUGUUGCUACAGAGAAUAUUACAGCAUACAAAAGACAAUGAUGAAGAACACGAAGACCUGGUGCUGUCGCUCAACCUGGUGAAGGAAGUCAUCACCGCCGUGAACAGCAAAGUCAGCAACUACGAGAAGAAGAUGCGCCUCAACGAAAUCUACACCCGGACGGACAGCAAGUCCAUCAUGAGAAUGAAGAGCGGGCAGAUGUUCGCCAGGGAGGACUUGAGGCGCAGGAAGUUUGUCCGGGACGGGCCCGUCUCCCUGAGAAAUGCCGCGGGCAGGUUGAAAGAGGUCCAGGCAGUUCUUCUCUCAGAUGUUCUGAUAUUCCUUCAAGAAAAAGACCAGAAAUACGUGUUUGCAUCUCUGCCUUCGAUCUUUGCCCCACCCCCGCCUGCCACCCUAAAUCUGAAGCCCUGCUUGUUGGCAGAUGAACAGUUCAAGGACAACGGGGGGGGGCAGUAUUUCUCCAGCCGGCGCCCCUUCCUUUGGCUUGCCUUCUCAACCUGCCUGGUUCUUCCCCACAGGGAUAAGGAGGAAGACGAAGGCGUCCCUAGUGAGUCGGAAGAGGAGAAGCGAGUGCUGGAUACUAAAGCCAGGGAACUGAAAGAACAGCUUCAUCAGAAGGACCAGCAGAUCAUAACGCUGCUGGAAGAGAAAGACAAGCUUUUCCGGGAUAUGACUGACUGUAGCGGCCACGAGGAGCACGUGGGGGCCAGGACGUUGUUCCGAGCCAAUACCGAAGACGCUCCCAAGGGAGAAAAUGUAAUGAAGAGUGUGAUCAAUGAAGUGGAGCUCCUGCAAGGGCUGGUGAGCCAGAGUCUCGGGAGUGCCCUGGAACCACCGAUGAGUAGCCUCUCUUCCGAGCAAGUCGGGGUGGGGCCCGUCUCCCUCCCCCGCAGGGCGGAGACCUUUGGCGGAUUCGACAGUCACCAGAUGAACGUCUGCAAAGGUGGGGAGAAGGAUGAGGGAGAUGAGGUGCAGGAUCUUCGGAGGACGGAGUCGGACAGUGUGUUGAAGAAGGGAGGAACAGCUAACUUGAUGUUUGUGAUAAAAAGGAACAAUGAGCAGGUUCUCCAGAGCAUCUCUCACCUCCACAGCUUGCUGGGGAUGUUGCAGGCCAUCGUGGUGCAGCAGGAUACGUUCAUCGAGGACCAGAAGCUGCUCCUGUCCGAGCGGGCCCUGACCCGCAGCUCCUUCCGCCCCAACUCCCUGAUCGAGCAGGAGAAGCAGCGGAGCAUGGAGAAGCAGCGGCAGGAGCUGGCCAACCUCCAGAGGCAGCAGGCCCAGCACCAGGAGGAGAAGCGGAGGCGGGAGCGCGAGUGGGAGGCCCGGGAGAAAGAGCUGGCGGAGCGGGAGGGCCAGCUGGCUCAGCGCGAGGAGCAGGUCCAGAAAGGCCACCAGCACCUGGAGAAGGAGCGGGAGGAGCUGCAGCAGAAGAAAGCCGCCUACCAGCUGGACCUGGAGCACCUGCGGGCCGCCCAGAAGCAGCUGGAGAAGGAGAAGGAGCAGCUGAAGAAAGAUAUGGAACAAAUCUCCCAGCCGCUGGCCGAGCCCACUCACAGCCUACUGCACGCCAAGAUGACCAGGACCCCCUCCCUGCCGGCGACCGAGGACACCUCUUCCCGGCCACUGAGCUCUUCCCUCCCCAAACCGGGGAUCAUGGAAGCUGGACUCUCCGAGUCGCCUAAAAGGAACAGCCUCUCGAGGACGCACAAGGAGAAGAGCGGCUUCCACCUGAUGGGGACGAUGGCGUCCAGCCAGACCCACAAAUCCGCCGAGGGACAGGGCCAGAUGCCCAACCGCCUCUUCGGCUUGGCCAAGCCGAAGGAGAAGAAGGAGAAGAAGAAGAAAGGCAAAGGGCACCGCCCCCAAUCGGCAGAGACUCACUCGCCAGAAGUGGCUCCAGAGGGCGAGGAGAUCUUCUGCUGACCCAACGUCUUCCCCCAUCUCUCCAGGACAACGGCCUCCUCUUGCUUCUGCUCUGAGGAGCGGUGCACCAUCUAGCACUGGCGGCUCUCCCACCUCUGCCUUGAACUGUGUUGUGGCGCCGUUGCCGCAGAAGCUCACCAGUGACCGGGUGAGUUGCAGCCCGUUCUGAACUGGUGAAUCUUGGUUUUCUGGAUGUGUUCCUUUUUAAAAGGCAUCUAGAAGGAUGGUAGAAGCAGGAAGGAAGGGCAUCUCACGGGGAAGACUUUGUGUGUGACCAGACUGGGCGGGCUCAGUUCGGGUUACACGUGUUUUAAAAACACAUCCUUUCCGUGUACAAUGUUAUCUGCCAAGGCUCACACAUAGACGAUGCCUGUUUUCUCCCUUGCAUCUCCAAAAAUGGAGGGCGGGGGGAAAUGUACCCUUGGGCCGUCUAGAUCAUCUCUUGUGGAGCACCACCAAAAAAUGGAAAACCCUCUGUAGAAGCGGGAGGGUCUCUUGAAGCAGUGUUGGAACACUGAUAUAUAGAGAUGUACUAUAUAUAUUCUUAUAUAUAAAGAUAUGCAUAUAUAAAGACACGUAGCUGUAUAUCCAUUAGGAUAUGCUUUAAUUCUGUACAGAAAAGUUGGAGGAGCUUAGCUCUGCCCCAAAGGAUUAGCCGACACCUGAUCAACCCAUUCAGGGACUGUUGAUACUACAUAUAGAUCUCUUUACUUCUCCCUGUUCAGUUCCAACGCUUCUGCCACCAAGCACCCUUCUUCGUAUACCGUAUGUUGGGGGUAGGGGGUGGGUGGAUUAAAAGCCAGAUAGUGGCCCUUGAGACCCCCGCUUGUAUGCAGAACGGUUCACAUAGA